AUGCGGCAGGCGGUGCAGCUGGUGGAGGACUGGCGCGCCAUCGUGGGGGAGCCCUCGGCGGUGGCCCAUGGCGCACUGCUGGGCGCACUGGCGCGGGGCGGAAGGCUUCAGGUGGCCCAAGCGGAGCUGCGGAACUUGCAGCACCACCAGGUCGACCUGGAUGUGGAGGUCUAUGGGAGCCUCGUCACUGCGUGCGCCGCCGAAAAGCGGUGGCUGGAGGCAUUAGUUUUCUUGCAGGACGCCUGCCAGCAAAGUCUGGCAGACGCCCAGCUUUUCAGCCAGGCGGUGUCGACCUGCGGAGCCCACUGGCAGCUGGCCGGCCUGCUGCUGGAGAGCAUGGACCGGCGCCUGCUGGCGCGGACCCGGCCUGCCAUGAGCGCGGCCAUGGAGACCUGUGCCCAAUCCGGGCGCUGGCGGGAGGCCAUCCAGCUGCUAGACGAUGGUUGGGCCGCGAUGUGCCCGCCCAACUUGCAGAUGUACAAUGCGGUGCUGCGCAGCUGCUCGGGCGGCGCGUGGCAGACCGCCGUGGCGCUCUUGGCGGAGAUGGACGACGAUUCGAGUUUGGCGGUGGGUCAGGACGGUCGGUCCUCGGCCGCUGCCAUGGAGAGCUUUGGUGCGGCGGGGCAGUGGGGGCGCAUCCUGCUGCUGCUGGCAGACCUUUGGGAAGGCGAGGUGGUGCCGGGCGACGUGGAGUAUGGCGCCGCCAUCAGCGGGCUCCGACAGGAGUGGCAGCAGGCCGCGUGGCUGCUGCGGGAGAUGGAGGGCUUGGCCUUGCAGCCCAAGGCGCAAGCGUUCUGCGCGCUGGUGCGAGGUGCCUUGGAGGCCAGCGCUUGGAGGCACGCCCUUGCGCUCCACGCCACGAGAGCGAAGGAGCCCUACCUUGACCGGCCCACCUUCUCCCUGCUCCUGAACCGCUGCGAGCGGCAUCGCCUCUUCCGCGCAAGGCGCGGCCUGCUGGCGCGGCUGGGGGACAACCUGAAGCACCGGGCGGGCCGCGGGAAGCGCAAGGAGGAUGCACGCAUCGCCAAUGCUGUGGGCCGGGCCUACUGCCCGCUCCCGCAGCCCGGCCUGGUGGGCGGCGCCUUCGCGCGGAAGCUCCGCACUGCCAUGCAAAGGCAGUACGCCAAUGGCCGACUGCCUUACAACAAGGCGUUGAACCUGUUGGCUCAUGCGGUGGAGGCUGUGGCGGAAGGCGGCACUGCUGUCUCUGCCAUGGAGCGAGUGGCCAAGAAGCGGUGGCGCAGGGACCGACUCUGGCUGGACAUGGCGGGUGGAUGCAAGGCGCAGCUCCUCACCGCGGCCUUCGGCGCGUUGCCGCCCGGCACCAAGGUGCUCGAGCUGGGCGCUGGCUGCGGGUACUCCGCCAUGCAGCUGGCCACUCUGCCCCUUCGCCUGGAGAGCGUAGAGGAAGACCCCCUGCGCGCGGUGGUAGCCAGAUGCAUGUUGGUGAUGUCGAGCCUCCAAACUCGCGCCCACGUGUGGAUCGGGAGCUGCGCGCAGGUCCUCCCAAGGAUGGGGGGACUUUUCCACGGCGUCUUGUUGGACCACCAGUGCCCGAGCUAUUUGCCGGACCUGGAGGGUCUACAGAGCCGCGGGCAGCUUGCCGAGAGGGCGCUGGUGGUGGCCAAUCACGUGCUCAAGCCUGGGGCGCCCUACUUCCUGUCUCAGAUGCUGACCUGCGCGCCCACCCAGGUCGUGUCCCUGCCGGAGUUCGAGAUGCAGGUUGAGGACUGGAUGACGUGCUCCGUCCUGACCAGGCCUCUGGUGUCGCCAAAGUGCCCACCAGGCAUCCAGGACUUGUCCGAGCUCUCCGCGGCCAUGCUGGCCCGCGCGAGUGACCGCGGCAGCCGCCUGCGCCAGGCCAGCAAGACGUUGGAGGACUGGAGGAGCUUUGCGGGAGCCUCGCGGAGCGGCAGGAAGCGGGAUUGGGCAGCCAUCCUGUCUCACAUAGAGCUGGAUUGGCUGGAGGAGCAGCCGGGCUGUGAGCGGAACAACCGCGACGGCGACACCGUGGCCUUCAGACACAAGGGAUUUAUCGCCGAGCUGCCUGCUGGCAAGACGACGGAUGCCCAGGGCAAGCCUCUGCAGGUUGGCACGCAGAUGGACUCCAACAUCAAUCCCAAAAGUAAGGAGGAUCGGCCGUUGGAGUUUAUGCUGGGAACCCCCAAGCUGGUGGUAGGUAUGGAAGCGGUGCUGCGCGUUAUGUGCGAGGGUGAGAAGGUGAGGGCCAAAAUCCCGGGGCCUUUGGCCUACAACACAGUUCCCGGGUUUCUGCCCUACGAUACCGUGGUACUCUACGAGAUGGACGCGGUGACCAUCACCCGAGGAGCGGGCACUGUACCUGUGGAAUCUUUGGGCGAGCCAUCCGCGCCCUGGCCACGGGUUUUGCUGCCGGCGCUGGCGCUGCCUGUGCUGGCUGUGCUGGGGUUCGUUUUCCAUGUUCGCGGGAGGGGCAAGGAAGGCAAGGAAGGCAAGAAGGGCAAGAAAGAAGGUAAGAAGAAGCGCUGA